AUGAGCCAAGAAAAAACUGAAAUAUUUGAAAGUGAGUUGUCAGAAGAGAAAGAGAGGAGAGAGUCAUUGUCAUCUGAUCUUAAUUCUGUCCAGAAGACUGUGCAAGUUCAAAGUGAGGAAUUACAAAACUCAAAAUCAGAACUUACAUGCCUUUAUAAUGAAAUUCAAAGUCUUCAUGGGUCAACAGAAGAUAAAGACCAUUUUUUAAUAGCUUAUGACUUACUCCAGAAAGAGAACUCUGAAUUAGAAGCAAAGGUCUUGAAGCUUUUACAAGAAUUUGAACAAUUACAUUCUUUCACUGUAUGGCAAAAAACAGCAACUGCUAAUUUAAUUACAAGUGACAACGUCUGUAAAGAUCUUGUGUCUAGCAAACCUAUCUUGGAAGUAGAGAAUCAAAAUCAAAAGGAAGAGGGAGAGGAAUUCUGUCCCGAAGUAGGAGAAAAUAAGCAGAAGGCAAUUCCGAAGGAGUCAGUAGAGGAGGGCAGUAUUCCAAGAGAAAGGCAGAAGGAGGAAUGCUCACCAGAGAAUCCCAAUAUGAAAGAUGAAGAGCACCAGCUUGUCAUAAAGCCUGAGGAGAUUGUGAGGCUUAGAGAAGAACUGAGCCGAAUUAAUGAGAGCCUCCUCCAGUCUCAGAACUCCGGGGAGAGUUCAGGUGACAAUAGCUCCCAGUGUGCAACAUCUGGAGAAAAAAUAAGACACCAGCAGCAAGAAGAACUACAGCAACUUCGCCAGAAUUUGCACCGGAUUCAGAAUCUGUUUAACUCAGCUGAAAAAGAGCUUCGAUAUGAACGAGGAAAGAACCUGGACUUAAAACAACAUAACAGCUUACUUCAGGAAGAAAGCAUGAAGAUAAAAAUUGAACUAAAGCAGGCCCAGCAGAAGUUAUUAGACAGUGCAAAGAUGUGUUCUUCUCUGACAGCAGAGUGGAAGCACAGCCAGCAGAAAAUCAAGGAACUGGAGUUGGAAAUACUUAAACAGACUCAGAGCAUUAAAUCGCAGAACAGCCUACAGGAAAAGCUGGAUCAGGAGAAAUCUAAAGUUGCUGAUGCAGAGGAAAAGAUUUUGCAACUGAAGCAGAAGUUAGAACAUGCUCAAAAGACUUGUCACACAGAUGCUUGUAUUUUGGGGAAGAAGGAACUGGAGGAAAGAAUUAAAGAAGCAGUAGAAAAUGAAACAAAACUAAAGCAAUACUAUCAGGAGGAAAUGCAGAGGAGAACACUCCUAGAUCAGAAUAUAAAUGAACUACAAAGGCAAAUAGGAAUCUUACUGGAUAAAGAGAACCGACUGGAAGUGACCAAUUCACAGCAACAACUCAAAAUUCAAGAACAAGAAACCUUAUUAAAACAACUGGAAGAUGUGAAAAGGAAAUCUGAUGAGCAUCGCAAGAGCAACCAGAAACUGUCAGAGAAGUUGUCUAGGUUGCAAAAGGAGAAGGAAACUCUAUGCGAAGAAUAUGGACGACUUCUGAAACAGCUUGAUAUCCACGUGAGAAAGUAUCAUAAGAAACAUCACCAUGAAAAAGCCAAGCUUCGCCAAGUCAAGGAUCUUUUAGAUGAAGAAGUAUCUAUACGAGAUCAGAGAAUUGAACAGCUUGAAAAUGAAGUUGGAAUGCUACAACAGGAAAUUAAGAAGGAGAAGGAAUUCCGAGACCAGAUCACAGCCCAAAAUGAUAUCUUGCUCCUAGAAAAAAGAAAACUUCUCGAGCAACUUGCAGACCAAGAAGAACUGAGUAAUAACAAUAAGUGGAUGAUAUCUUCAGUACAAAGCAAAGUAAAUUUCCUGGAUAAAGAAAACAGGCAAUUACAGGAAAAUAGUAUUCGCCUCUCACAACAAAUCAGUCUUUUAGAGCGCAUUAUAAGGAGCUUCCAGAUUCACAGAGGAGAGCCCAGCAGCAGCGAAGCCUGGGCCAAGGUGGCGAGGACACGGCGCCUGCGGGCUGCGGACGUGGCGGAGGGAGAAGAAUGGCGGCGCCCUGACUUCUCGGAAGGCAGCUCCAAAAUAAAAAUUACUGAAAUUCCUGAAUUUGAAGUCUUGAGUAAGAUACUGCUUUUACCAAAUUCCACUGUCCUGUACUGA